GGAAUAUAUCAUAAAUAAAAUUUAACACUAUUAAAUAAAAAGUAUUAUAAUAAAACCUAUUGCGGAUAUGUAACAGAAGUAAUAAUUAAAUUCACAUUAUUGUCUCAUGGCCGUCAUCUGUCAAAACCACCAAGCUGUCACUGCUCGUGACAACAUAAAAAAAAAACUCUUAUUUAUAAAUAAACAAACAUCUUAUAAUUUAUUUGUAAAAAUGUCUGAAAUAUCGGAGUUUAAGGCUGUGUGUCGUUGUUGUCAUACUUAUGAUAUGCUUAAAGAUAUUACCAGAUUAUAUGAAAAUAAUCAAAUUACGGAAAUGUAUUCAGAAAUGCUAAACGAGACAUUCGGUUUAACACUCCGGACUCCACCUGUAACUGUUCAGUAUACAAUAUGUGACACCUGUAUUAUUCAGCUGGAAGCUGCGAACCAGUUCAAGAAACAAGUGCAGAAAUGUGAAGCCAAGUUUAUAGAGUGUUGUCAAAAGAACAACUUCAAUUACAAGGUAAAUGAAUUGGAGACGGUGAAACAUGAACCGGGGGAAUGCUGUGAGAAAAAUGAAGUUUCCGGAAAGUCAAAUAUAUCUUAUAAGGAACGUAAGAAAGAUAAAAGAAACACAAAAAUAAAGGAUCACCAAUGCUUUGAAUGUCAGAUAUGUAAAAAAAGUUUUAUAUCAAUGCAAAAGAUGUUGAACCACAGGCACAGACAGCAUCAAAAGAAAUCUGUCUUCAUUUGUGACAUGUGUCACAAGGAGUUUCUACAUAAGAACUCCUUGUUAAAACACAUAGGAUGGCACAUGGGGAUAAAUAAAAGAUUCAUAUGCGAGAUAUGUGGAUAUUCAUUUCACGAUAAGACAAAUUUAAACGUUCAUUUACAGGCCGUCCAUCAGAAACUGAAGUUAUACACGUGUACACUGUGUCCAAAAAAAUUCGCGGCGAAUAAGAAUUUAAAAAUACAUUUCCGUCUUCACAGCGGCGAACGGCCGUAUAAAUGUGAUGUUUGCGAUGAAGGUUUUAUAUGUUCGACCUAUCUGGUGAAGCAUAAACAAAAACAUGACAAUGUCAAAAAAUUUGGCGGGAAAUACGUUUGUAAGGUUUGCAGUACUGUUUUCAACGAGCGGCAUGUUUUUACGGCGCAUAUGCGCUCUCACGUCGGUGUUAAGCCGUACAGAUGUAGUUACUGCGAAAAGGAUUUCUUUACACGUUUCUCUCUCAAACGACACAACGAAAAUCAACAUAACGAAAACAUCGUAUGUAAAAAAUGCGACGCCAUUUUUUCUGAUAAAACAAAUUUACAGCGGCAUGUCAAAAUGCAUGGUAAAGAGAAAAAGUCGUGAUGGAUCCAAAUGUUCCGAGAAUCAUAACCUCAGUGAUAAAAGUAAAAAAGUGUUUAACGAAGAAUUGGAAGUGUCUUCGAUUAAGAAGAACAUCGAUUCUUGAAAUGUUAAUUCGUAAGUUAUUAUUUGUUAGCUUAAGGUUGAGAGAAAAAUGUCUUUAUUUUUUUAUAUUGUUUUUAAAUAACAAGUAUUUUUAAUAUCAUGAAACUGGUCAUUGUUUUGAAUGUAUUUUUUAUACAAUUUUAAUAUGCCUACAACGAAAUCAUGUCUCGGAAUUCACAACAUUUAAGUUGCCGUCGGACCCGGCACCCGCUCGGUGGAUCCAAGGAAUGCUGAGAAGUUUCGUCUCUUUUACUACUCACUAUUUUUCGUGACAUAAAUGUAUAUACAAUUAAACUAUUGAAUACAUACUUCUAAAAUGUGCUGAUAUGUUAUUUGUGUAAAUUUUUAUUUAUAAAAUAAUAGACUUUUGUCAGUCGUUUAUAUAUAUUGUGUUACAUGAAUAAAAUAUUUAUUUUUUCGGUUGUUUAAUUUAAAUUAUUUAAAAGUUGUAUAAGGAAGGAAUAAUGUAGUAUUAAAUGUGUACAAAAUGAUGUAAAUUUGAAUGGUCUUAUUAAGCAAGCUGCAACAUUUUUGUGAUUGCGAGAAGCGAUUAUUCUUAAAUAAGAUUCCUUUGAAAUUGA